UAUGUGAAGUCUGCCAAUCCGCGCUAGACCAGCGUAUUGGUUUAAGGUUUAACCCCUUUCAGUAAUAGAGGAGGCCCGACUUACGUAAACCGGGAUGUUCUUUGUGGAUAUACAUCUAUUUCCAAUUCCAAAUCUUUGUGAUUGGUUGUAUCAUAAAUCUUUGCAUUUUAUGUGACAUGACUGUAGUAUUUAAAAAAAUAGUGGUAACCCUAAGACCUAAACAGAUUUUGUUAGUCGGAGCGGUACCUACAUAUCUAUUUAAUUAAUUUCGGUUUUAUUUCAAUACUCUGUAUAUUGUUGUUAUAAAUAAAUCAAACCGUAAUAUUGGCUGGUCAUUGACGGCACAAAUUCUUCCAGUAUUAUCCUGCUGCGGUAACAAUGGUACAUGAAUACGAUUGAAAAUUAUUCAUAUACAAUUCUUGGACGUGUAAACAAACACAAGUACAUUUAUAACAUGAGUCAGUAAUGUGUUAUGCACACAUUGGCUAUCGUUUAGUGGUUUAGUGUCAAGGAGAGAUGCAGGCAGAGGCGCGCGAAGCAGUGCUUAUCAGCGAGCGGCUUCCUUCAUAAUUUACGCGAUUUUUACGCAACGGCUGUGCAUUGAUACUGCAUCAUGACAUACCCUCCUAACCCUCCUGCCCCGCAGAGCAUGGGCUCCACCAACACCAUGUUUAUCACCGCAGUCAGGUUUGACCCCUCGUACUUGAAGACCUUGCCGGGGAUUCUCAAGUGUAUUGUCAUCCUCUUCAAUUUCAUAGGUUUCGUGUGCGUGCAAGCGUCGGCCUUCUGGUCGAACGGACGCGGCGUGUUCUUCAACAUCGUGGCGAACCUCGGCUUCUGGUUCUCCGGGGCGAUGCUGCUGUUCUACCUGUUCCACCUGAUCGAGAAAUACCACAACAUCAAGUGGCUGCAAGUGGAGAUGGUGGCGUGCGCUGUCAUGGUGUUCCUGUAUAUGAUUGCAUCUACUAUUGUCGUCGCGUUUGGAUCCGCUGCGUAUUCUGCUGGUGGGUUCUUCGGUUACCUGGCCAUGGUGCUCUAUGGAGUUGACGCGUUCCUCAAAUACAAAGCGUUGAAGGCAGGAGAGCUGCCCCAAGGACAACGGGUGGUCACCAAGCAGGCGCACGUGGUGACGCCACCAGCAAUGCCAUAGCACGACCUCCAUCCGCGGUGGUAGAUAAAACAACCAAGGUCGGUGGUAGGAAAACUUGAUUAGUUUUGUAACGGAACGAAAUUAUUUAUUGGUCCUACGAACCGGAAAAAUGUGCUGCAAUUUUUGGAUCUAUUUAUAAGCGUAGCUUGUAGUAAGGUCUUGUAAAUCUUGUAAAAAUAACCAAAAAGAUAAGGACUGUUUAAGUUUAUAUUGUCUAUAGAACAAAUAGUAUAGAAACACUUUUAAACGCACUUAAAUCGAUAAAUCAAUGUACUUAAACCUUAUCGAUAUUAUACAAUGUUCCUGAUUGACAAACGAACAUGAUUUAAUCGAAUAGGUAAAUUUUGCGACAUAUCGCGUGAACUCAUACUUUAAAAUUUCAUUAAAAAUCGUCUAAAUCCUUGAGGAUUCAUAUCCUACAAUCUAGACUAGGAUUAAGGAGUCCAUACCCUAAUUUAUGAAAGCCACAUCAUUUUACGUUAUAUACAACGUUCCAUAAAAACGUAUUGAAAGGGUUUUAUAAAUUUAAAAAAAAUUAACAUGAAAGGUGAGCGAUAUUACUCCGAAGUACUGGUUUAAUUAAAACUUAUUUUUAAUUGGUUUUAUCGGACACCUAGUAAUUACUAGUUAUAAGGAAAUAAAUCAAAAUAUUUCUAGUAAAUUGUAACGCUCCCAUUACAUUGUACUAUAACAUGAUCGUAAUUAUAUUCACGGGGCUAUGACGAUAAGUAACUUUGAAUAGCCGUGCAUUUUGAAUGUAAGUUUACGUUGAUUCAAAGAUUAGUUUAUAAGUGUAAUGGUCUGGCAUGGACUCCAGUUGCUAGGUGUUACAUUUUUUAGUUUUAAGCGUCCCACUGCGAGCAAUUAAUUUAUUGUUUUGCUUUCUACCCUCCUUAUGCCUUUUUGGAAAAAGGCGUAGUGGGUGUCUCAGGCCCACGCUAGGAUCUUGCGGACUCACCCCAGAAUCCCGCUAGGCUUCUCCUAAGAUGUCUAUGUAAAUCUAUUGUUGGUACAGGAGGAAAAUAAGUGUGAAUGUCGACUAUCCAAAUUUUAGUUUACGCUCUUAUCCUUAGGCCAAAUAGCGUUUUUAUAUUGAAGAAUAUAAAGAAUUUUCAAAUGCCCGUGUUUCAUACAUUUAAAAUGCUGAAAUCGGGCUUGAAUCCGUCGCGGAUUUGUCUUCACCUAGAGAGCGGCGUAUUUUAAAGUAGGGGCGGCACAUUUGCAAUCGGCGGACCCCCUUUUUUGCUCCAACAAAAUAGGCUCCUGCACGCAGGACGGCAUAUACUGAGUGCGUUAUACUUAAGGGAUGUAGAUCCAACACUACCUUGAAAAUAUGUACAGAAAAAGUAAUAAAAAUGCAGUAAAACUAUGUUAAGUCAUCAGAACGCUUAGUAGUUAAGUUAUUUAUUUUUCUAUUUUCCGCCUACUUGUAUAUACUAUGUUACUAUGUCACCUUAAAGGUAUU